AUGGCAACUAAUGAACGUGUUACUAAUAUUGAUACAACAAAACUAUUGUCUGUAUUAAAUAAUGAAGAAGAAUUAAUUAUUAAACCUUUUCAAUUUAGAACUGACCAUGAAACUGACGCUGCAGAAAGUGGAAAAAUUGUAUCACGAGUAAAUAGAACUUUAUUUAAUUAUCAAAUCGUUGAUCAAUGGAAUUCAUCUAGGAUAAAUUUAAUAUUUAGCAAAAGGAUUACGUUAUUAAAUCCCAUAACCAAAGAAGUAAUACUCGAAUGUUAUCAAAAUCGUCUUCGUCUCUUAUCUAAAGUACGUUUUAAACUAGACAUACGAUGUUUAGGAACACAAUUCAAUGAAGCUCAAUCAAUUGGAUCUAUUCGGAAAAGAUUGGCCUUUGGUAAAGUAUGGUAUGAUGUAUAUGAUAAUAGACGUGUACAUACUGUUAGUUUAGCGUUACGUAAAAAUCAUAUAAGAGGUAAAAUUCAACAUCGAGUACCUGCAGUUUCAAUAUUGAAUAGUGAUGAAUCAAAAAAUAUUGGACAUAUUUAUCCAUAUUCGUCUGAUUUGGAACAAACGGACUAUGGAAAUGCUGUAGCCAUGAAAAUUCCAGAAGAUAUGAAAGUUGAAACAAAAGCAAUAUUAUUAAUUAGUACGCUCGUACUUAAAUCACGGCUCAAUUAA